AUGGAUGCUGAACUUCCAAAAGCAGAGCAUCAUAUGUGUGCAAGACAUAUCUAUGCUAAUUGGAAGAAACAAGGUUUCUCGAGAUCAGAGUACAAAAACUUGUUUUGGGGAGUUGCCUACAGCUACACAGAAGGAGAGUAUGAAGCUAAUAUGGAGUUGGUUAAGGCAUAUGAUCCUUCUGCGUAUCAUGCUCUACUAGUCACGGAACCUCAUAGAUCAAUGCCUGUAAUCAAUCUGCUGGAGGAGGUCAGAAGACAAGCCAUGAGGAGAGUAUCUAGAAGGUUUCUUAAGGCAGAAAGGUGUGAGACAAUUGUGACACCGAUCACAAUGGGGUUAUUCGAGAAAUCAAGGCUUGCCGUUGCUUAUUGUUCAACAACGAGAAGCAGCAAAAGUAUACCAUGCAAACAUGCGAUAUGCAUUUUGGAUGAUAACCAAGAUGAUCCGGUGAGAUAUGUCCCAAAGUACUACUAUACCGAUGUCAUGAAGAAGACAUAUGACGACAACAUCAAACCUGUGAAUGGCGCGAAGAUGUGGAGGAGAACACAUAAGCCUCCAGUAGGGAUUCCUGAGAUGCGCAAGCCGAGAGAUCAUCUAAAUAACCGGGACAGAAGGAAGGAACCAAUUGAGGAUCUGCAGAAUGCAGGCAAAUCAACAAGACAUGGAAGAAUCCCACAUUGUAGCCGAUGCAAGCAAGCUGGACAUAUUAAGAGUAGCUGCAAGAAAAAAGACAUCCCAAAACCACCGACAAAGCCGAGAAAAAGAAGGAAAGCUCCCACCGAUACAAGUUCGUCGCAGCCUUUACCACCAAAUGCAACCGGUGAAGCUGAAGUUAGUGGUUGUGCUCCUCAGCCUUCAGUGUCCACAAAAAAAGUCAAACCACACGUGAAGAAGGCUCCGAAAGGAAGACCACUUAGAGUUAAGAAAACCAUACCGGUUCCAUACGUAGUUGGAACGUUUUGGAGUCCAUACACUAACCAUCAGUUUGAAGUGUUUGGAGACCGUGUGUAUGAUAGGUCUGGUCUAGAUCCACAGGCUCCUCAAGACCCGAGCAUGCAGCCUCCGGAAGACACAAACAUGCAGCCUCCACAAAAUCCAAACAUGGAGCCUAGAGAAGACCCAAACAUGUAA